AUGAUGGAGCUUACACAGACAGCCGGCAGCAGCCUAAUCGCGGCCAUCAUCACCAACAGCACCGGUGAGGGAUUACCGGCCGAUGUGCUCGGUGGACACCAUACCCUGCAGUACCCGUUGCAGCAGCAUCAGUCGCAACAUCCGCACCACCACCACCAGCAGUACCAACCGCAGUACCUGUACGCGAACGACAGCGUGGCCGGGCAUGCAGCCGAAUCGCAGGGUUACGCGACGAACCCGAUCUGCAUCCUGCUGCCGAUAACGAUCUUCUACUGCUUCAUCUUUGUGGCCGGCAUCGUAGGCAACCUGUCCAUUUGCAUCGUAAUCGCGAAGAACAAAUCGAUGCACACCGCCACCAACUACUAUCUGUUCAAUCUGGCCGUGUCGGAUUUUUUGCUGCUGCUGUUCGGAAUGCCCCAAGAGCUGUACGGUACCUGGAAUCCGUUCGCCUAUCCCUUCAACCAGAUAGCCUGCAUCAUUACGGGACUGUUGUCGGAAACGGCCGCCAACGCGACGGUGCUCACCAUCACCUCCUUCACCGUCGAGCGGUACAUCGCCAUCUGUCAUCCGUUCCGGUCCCACACCAUGUCGAAGCUGUCGAGGGCGAUAAAGUUUGUGAUCGUCAUCUGGCUGGUAGCGUUCGGGUUGGCCACACCACAGGCACUCCAGUUCGGUAUCGUGGAAACCGGUGACUCUCGGUUAUGUACGAUCAAAGAUGAACACUUCGUGCACGCGUUCGAGGUAUCCAGCUUCCUGUUCUUCGUCGGCCCGAUGACGCUGAUAGCGGUGCUGUACGUGCUAAUUGGUAUUAAGCUACGGAAGAGCAAACUGCUGCAGGGCGUAAAACGGGCGUCAUCUGAUUACACUACACCGCCCCGAGGUGUCAGUGCCCAGAGCAGGGUGAUUCGGAUGUUAGUGGCUGUUGUUGCAACGUUCUUCAUCUGCUGGGCCCCGUUCCAUGCGCAGCGGCUGAUGGCCGUGUACGGUGUCUUCACCAAAACGGAGAGCGUGUUCUUCUACAAGGUGUACAUGGUGCUGAACUACAUUUCCGGCAUACUGUACUUCCUGUCCACCUGCAUUAAUCCGCUGCUGUACAACAUCAUGAGCCACAAGUUCCGCGACGCAUCCCGGCACACACUCAAGAUGAGCCUCUGUGGUGAGAAUCGAAACAAAUCUGACGGCCAGCAGCACACGUACAGUGCCGUGUCGCGGUACGGCGUUACCGGUGGCGGAUCGUUCAAGGUAAACUCCAACAACAUGGCGUGCAUCGGUACCGGCAUCCCGAUUGGCGGCACGGCAGGAAACGGUCCCGGGAAGCAACCGGGAACUGAAAACACCGGAAACCAGCAGGAAUCGAACCUAUCGCUGCUAACGAACGACCGUAACCGGUCUAACCGCAGCACGAUGCCCCCAAUAUCGAUCCGGCCAACGUACACCCGUGCCGAUUCGCACUGCAUCUCGAUCAGCAGCAGUCAAUCGACUACCGGCACCAACAUUAGCAGCAACGGUAAGUUAAGCCGUAGCUCGAACGGUUCACUCCGGCUCAGUGGCAAUCCACUCGAAUCGCACGAACCCACCAGUGGCCGUUUGUCGACGAUCGCCGAAAAGCUUCGGCGGGGCACCAAGAAGGUGCUAGCGUUCAGCAAAUCACCCACCAGUACGCCGUGCAAAUCGAAUUCACCGCCGACUGGUAACGGGACCGGGGCGGAUGUGGCCAGCGAGCGACGAAAGGCGUACCGUAAGCGUAACAGUUGCGACAGUGUCGAUACCAACACGAUCAGCAACUCGAGCCUGAAGGAGUUCGACGAGGAUGAGUUUAGUAGUGCCGAGUUGGCACGGUUUAUGGGUGAGGUUAAUAGUGAGAUACGCUAG